GCAAAACAUUAUCUUGAAAUAAUUAUUCCUCUCCACAUGGCCUUCCUACUCGUGUCAGCUUAUCUUCUGCUGACUCAUGCUCGGGGUGCUCCUGUUGAGAAUGGGGCACUGAUGGAAACACUGAAGUCACAAGUGGGAUUAUUCAGCAAUAAAAGUGAGCACUAUUCAGCACAGGUGAGACCUCCUGGCACAAGCAGACAAAUACCUCAGACAAUCAUCAUAGGAGUUCGUAAAGGAGGGACCAGGGCUUUGCUGGAAAUGUUGGAUAUUCAUCCUAACAUUGUGGUGGCAGCUACAGAAGUCCACUUCUUUGACUGGGAUGAAAAUUAUGUGAAAGGAAUAGACUGGUAUAGAAAUCUGAUGCCAUUUUCUUAUGGAAAUCAAAUUACAAUUGAGAAAACACCAGGUUAUUUUACCUCACCACAGGCUCCAGGAAGAAUUCAUGACAUGAAUAGCUCCAUUAAACUGCUGCUCAUUCUAAGAGAUCCCACUGAGAGAGUUAUAUCUGACUAUACCCAAGUGUAUUACAACAGAGUAGAAAGUCACAAGCCUGUUCAGCUCUUUGAAGAUAUUGUUAUUAAGAAUGGAGUGCUUAAUACCAAAUACAAAGCUAUUCAGAGAAGUCUAUAUGAUGUCCAUAUGGAAAAGUGGCUUAAGCAUUUCAGUUUGGAUCAGAUUCACAUAGUGGAUGGAAAUACUUUGAUCAAGGACCCUCUUCCUGAAUUACAAAAAGUUGAAAGAUUUCUAAAUCUUCCAUCCCGAAUUAUGUCUUCUAAUUUUUAUUUUAACCAAACCAAGGGAUUCUACUGCAUCAGAAGUGAUGGGAGGGAGAGAUGUUUACAUGAAUCCAAAGGACGUCCCCAUCCUCUUGUUAACAGCACUGUUUUAGAGCAACUGUAUUCUUAUUUCAGAGAGCACAAUGCAAAAUUUUACAGGAUGGUUAAUCAUUCCUUUGACUGGCAUUAAUACAUUUGGGGUCAAUAUUUCUUAAAAAGGCCCUGAGACACACUUUCAGACAUACCUUUCUAAACUGUAAAGGCUCGUAUCAUGAGAAUUAACACACUGGUUAUAUGCUUCAUUGGAACAACACAUCUGUUACUCGUUGAAAGGGUACUCUUUAUGUUGGGAAAAAUAAGUUUUAUGUAUUUGUAUGAUUACUGGGAGUCAUAUUCUGAUCUUCUUUGUCUCACAUGCAAAUACAUUAACUUCAGCAAACUUAGCAAAGGUGUAUCUCUACAAGAUUUCUGCUGUUUUGGAAAAAUGCAUCUAACUGUAAAAAAUGUAAAUAUUGGAAAUAGUAUUAUUCUAACUGUCCUGUAUUUUUUGUUGUUAGUAUUUUUUAUAUCCCACACAAUAGUGGUGUUGAUUUAUAGAAUUUUUCAUAAAAUAAGUUUAAAUUGUAUGUUAAAAUAGGGGCAUACAUAGUAGCUCCAAUAAAUAAAUCAUAAUCUUUAAUAUGCUGAAGUACUUAAUUAAUAAUAGAAGGAAUCUAUUUCACCUGUAAUUUUGAAUAGGUGAGCUAGAAGCUACCUGUCUGUAUAACAUGGGUAUUAAACCACACUCUUAUUAUCUUGUGUUUUCCAAAAAUCUCCAAAGUAAAAAUAUAAACUGUUUGAAGAAGGUUAAAGUGAGGGUUCUGAAUGCAAAGAAAUUAAAAUAUCCCAGGAAGACUAAUAUUCUAUACACUAAAAUAAAAAUCAAUGCCAAAAAAAUACUAACGAUUAACGAGUGACUGUAUAAAUAUUUGAUUGCAUAAAUUUUAUCACUUUGCUCUUGAAGGGAAAGGCUCUUAGUACUACCAUAUGAAUUAUGUUUGUACUCUCUGACUAAUUAUUCUAUUGUUCUCCUGACUUUGCUUUAUAUACCUCUAUUGGCACAAUGGUUCUUGUUAA